AUGUCAGCACCACUGCUGGACAGUUCUGAUAUUGAAACCAACCGGCAGGACGCAGAAUACGAAAAGUUCCAGCCACAAGCUGCAGGCGCUAGAGCACCUGCAUCCCAUCGUCCCGCCCCCCCAAUUCCCCGGCGGUCCAUGCGCCGUCGACCCUCCAGCGUCUCUCAACAAAAUCCAUACCUCUACGAAGGCCGCGAACAGAGAGGAGAGCAACGUCGUCUCAGUCGGCUAUCGAUCAGCUCUGACGAUGCAAGCCCAUCCCUUGAUCAGUUACGGAACCCAGAAAAAGACGAUCUGGUCCACGAUCUCCAGCUCGAUUCCCGGGCGCCCACUCUACGGGGCUCCAUCUCGGGCACGAGUUUGCCAUAUGUCGUUCCCGAACGACGCCGACUGAGUCGCCUCCCUACUGAUCAGGAGCUCAAGCCAUCCCCAGAGGACAUCGAAGCUACCGCCGCUAUCGCAGCCGCCAAAAAUGACGCGCUCGACAGCCGCCCCUCACCAUCUCCUACCCCCUCUCCGGGCCAUCCUCACGACCACACCCAUCCCCGACCACCUCUCUCUCUACGUUCCCGCCUCAAACACUUUACCUGGGCAUGGUACACCCUCUCUAUGUCCACUGGUGGCCUCUCCCUCCUCAUCCACGCCCAACCCCACCAGUUCCCCUCCCUUACCCCGGUCCUCGGCCUAGCAGUCUACAUCCUCAACAUCAUCCUCUUCACCCUCAUCACCUCCCUCCUUUUGGCUCGCUUCCUCCUCAACACCGGCAGUUUCGUCGCCUCCAUCACCCACCCCCGCGAAGGCUUCUUCGUCCCCACUUUCCUGCUCUCCAUCGCAACCUUGAUCACCUCGACACAAAAAUACUGCAUCCCCUCCCACAUCCAAUCAUGGGACGGUGAACGCCAGGGGCUCCGCUGGGCCAUCCAAAUCGCCUUUUGGAUCUACGUCGCCCUGUCAACCUGCCUAGCAGUAGCACAAUACUCCUUCGUCUUUGGCCGCCGGCACUCCUUCAGCCUUCAAACCAUGAUGCCGACUUGGAUCCUCCCCAUCUUCCCCGUCAUGCUCUCGGGCACCAUCGCCUCCGUCAUCGCCUCCACCCAACCGCCCGCCAUGGCCCUCCCCAUCAUCGUCAGCGGCCUCAGCUGUCAGGGGUUGGGCAUCAGCGUCGCGGCAAUGAUGUACGCCCACAUGGUCGGCCGGCUGAUGCAGUCGGGCCUUCCAGACAGGGAGCACAGGCCGGGGUUGUUCAUGUGCGUCGGCCCGCCGAGUUUCACCGCGCUGGCAUUUAUCGGGCUUGCUCAGUCCCUCCCGGGGAGCUUCGACGCCAACAUGGACGGGCUGCUCGACGCGAGCAUCAUGCUCAUGAUGGCCAUCGUCGGGGCCGGGUUCCUCUGGGCGCUGAGCUUCUGGUGGUUUGCCAUUGCCGUGCUGGCCGUGGUGCAGAGCCCACCGAGGUACUUCCACCUGGGGUGGUGGGCGUCGGUGUUUCCAAACACGGGCUUUAUCCUGGCCACCAUCUCUCUGGGGAAGGUGUUUCAGAACGAGUUCGUCCUGUGGUUUUCGACGGCCAUCUCGAUUGUUUUGGUGUUGGUCUAUGGAUUUGUUCUGUUCCACUGUGUCAGGGCAGUGGUGGUGAGAGACAUCGUAUAUCCAGGCCGAGAUGAAGACGUGGAAGACCACUGA